ACUAAUUAAUUAAUUGUCCACUUUCGCUCGGCUGUCGAGCUUAACGAAAUUCCUCUCCUCUCCCCCACAGAGAUUGCUGACAACCUGCACUUCCAUCCAUCCCAUGCAUCUCCACUCUCCGGAUCCCAAACUCCGCCAUACCUGAACCCUCAAGCUCGUCUUCAUCACUGUCUGCGAAUCCGUUGUUCACUGUCUGCCCAUAUUCUCGAAGUGGUUCUGAUUGGAUUGGAUGAAAACAUGCAGUUCCUCGACUGGGAGCAAGAGUCCUUCCCGCGGUAUGGAGAUUUCGCGGUCCUGCCCUUCUUCGCGCUCUUCUUCCCCUCCGUCCGAUUCUUCCUCGACAGAUUCAUCUUCGAGAAACUUGCAAGGCGGUUAAUAUUUGGAAAAGGGCAGCUGAAAGAAGAUGUAGAAUCCGCAGAUGGGAGGAAGAGGAUAAGAAAGUUCAAGGAAUCAGCAUGGAAAUGCAUUUAUUAUUUGUCUGCGGAAGUUCUGGCCCUCUCCGUUACCUAUGAUGAGCCGUGGUUCACUAGCACGAGAAAUUUCUGGGUGGGGCCAGGCAAUCAGACCUGGCCUGAUCAAAAGAUCAAGUUGAAACUGAAAUGGUUGUAUAUGUAUGCUGCUGGGUUCUACACAUACUCGAUUUUCGCCUUGAUCUUCUGGGAAACCAGGCGGUCGGACUUUGGGGUCUCGAUGAGUCAUCAUGUGGCGACCCUCAUUCUGAUUGUUCUGUCUUACAUAUUUAGGUUUGCUCGAGUAGGUUCCGUCGUCCUGGCUCUUCAUGAUGCUAGUGACGUAUUUUUGGAAGUAGGGAAAAUGUCCAAAUACAGUGGUGCUGAGGGCAUCGCAAGUGUCUCAUUCGUCCUAUUUGUCUUGUCAUGGAUCAUACUGCGCCUUAUUUACUACCCUUUCUGGAUCCUUUGGAGUACGAGCUAUGAGGUCAUUCUGGCAUUAGAUACGGAAAAGCACCAUUGGGACGGAUCAAUUUACUACUAUGUGUUUAAUACUCUCCUGUUCUGCUUGCUUGUUCUUCACAUCUACUGGUGGGUGCUUAUAUACCGCAUGCUUGUGAGGCAAAUACAAGCAAGGGGAAAGGUCAGCGAUGAUGUGAGAUCUGAUUCUGAAGAUGAAGAUGAUCAUGAAGAUUGAUCAGAAGACGAAAUCAAACUCCGCAAUGUAAAUUGCCGGAGAGAUGGCGAUCUUUGCUUUCUUUGGACAGUCUGCAAUUUCUUUUCCCUACUUCCGUCACCAUUCGAGGGAUUUUCUGAACAUUUAAUUUGACGAAGAGAAGCAAAUUGUCUCUCUUUCUUGUUUACAAUGUAAAGAUAGCCAAAUCAUUGUGCAAUUCUUGAAAACUUUUGACAUUUGAAUGGUUUUGAGGCCAUAUAUGCUUGCACGUAGACUGUAGAAGUUGCAGCAUUUUCUAUACCAGCAGAUGCGAAGUCCAAAGAGUUUGAAUGAACUCUAUAAGAGAUGCUUGGGUUUUUGCAUUUAUGCAAUCAAUUCCUGUUCCAAGCACAUUCUCAUCGUUCUUCCCUUUAUCUUUUUCCCCGAUCUCAUUUGCAGAUACAAAAAUCCCCAGUUUUUUCACAUUCCAGUACUGGACUCUUGCCAGGAGGAAGCUCUUGGGGUUUUAGAGGUCAGUUGAUUUCCAAUGGCACUUGUAUAAACUUCAGAUCUGAAUGAGUGUGGAGGGACCCGAAAGACGGCAAUCCAGGGCACUCGACCUGAAGCCUUUUUCGAGUAGUUUCGCUAUCCUCCAUAUAAUUACUGCAAAUCCUGUGGCAGUGAGUGCUUCUUCAUGGGAAAUCUCGAGCCUUAGUUCCAUGUUAGAUGGUUCGUUUGGUGGUGGUGCUUUUCCGAUAAGAAACCUAAUGUAUUCAGAGACGUAGAAGCUGUUGAGAUCAUUCUGUUAUUUUCUGUGGGAAUGGAUUCCUCGGCCAUUGAAGUCAACAUUUUUGUGCCGUUGUAAUGAACGCUCUUCCUUGAAUCAAGAAGCAAGCGGUUCCUUGUGU